AUGGCCUCUAUGGAAGUAUCACUACCGUUGAUCCACGAGCAUCUUAUGAUGCCUUGGAAUAAUCUGAGGAAAGGCGAUUGUUGUGGCUGCUUGGAAGCUGUCAGUGAUGGUUAUCGCUGCGAGAUCUGUGACUUCAAUGUGGAUCUACACUGUGCCAAGUACCCACCACCAGAGGUUCUUGUCAUUAAAAAGACGCAUCACCACAAGCUCGCCCUUUUCAAAGAACAAAUCGAGUUCGUGUGUGGUGCUAAAUGUUGGAAGAUUGGUACUGGGUUCCCAUAUAAAUGUCAUGAAUGUGAUGUAUCCUUCCAUGUGAAUUGCGUAUGGCGUCCAUCAGAGUUAAAACCCCAGUCAGAGGUAAACCACUCUUCCCACUCCUCGCACCAUCUUAAGCUUAACACAGGUCAACCACCAGACUAUUCUGAUGGAAAAUGUCGUCUUUGCGGAAAAGAGAUUGAUGAAUUAUAUUAUCAUUGUUCUUCGUGCAACUUCACCUUGGAUAUGCAUUGUGUUCUAAACCCACCACCAGAAACUUUGCGUGAUACGAAAGCUCAUGAUCACACACUCAUUCUUCUCCCAAGACUCGAUUCGUUUACAUGUAACGCUUGCGGGUUGAAGGGAGAUCGAAGCCCUUACUUAUGUGUUCAAUGUGGUUUCAUGAUCCACCAAGACUGUCUUGACCUUCCACGCGUCAUAAAGACUAAUCGUCAUGGUCACCGUAUCUCUCGCACUUCUGUUCUUGGUGUUGUGAAUUCUAUUUGUGGAGUUUGCCUCGAGAACAUGGAUUGGACUUGUGGGGGUUAUUCUUGUCAGAGGUGUCCUGGCUAUUUUGUUCAUUCUAAAUGUGCUACUAGAAGCGAUGUGUGGAAUGGGGAAGAACUCGAAGGAGUACCUGAAGAAAAAGAAUAUUUAGAUCCAUAUGAUUUCAUUCUACACAAAACCUGCGCUGGAUUUCUUAGAAGGAGAUGGCAUAUGUUGGACAAUGAACAACUGACUUUAGUUACAAACGAGGACAAUAUUUUUGAGUGUUAUGCUUGUCACAGAAUAUCCAAUGGUUUCAGGUACCAGCAUGAGGACAAGGAAUUAGAUGUCCUAUGCGGAACAAUUCCUGAGCCAUUUUACCAUCCAAGUCAUCCCCAUCAUCCAUUAUAUUACAUUCCACAAGACGAAGAAACAAAAUGCAAUGGUUGCAACGAGUUGGCAUCUCCUGUGUUGACGUGCAUUGAAAACGACUGUGGAUUUUUCUUGGAUUUUAAAUGUGCCACUUUACCACUUGUGAGGCAAGUGGUAAACACUGGUGUGACAUUUGUGGGAAAGAAACCAAUAUAG